UCUCUCCUGCCUCGCCACGCCUCGCUGCCGCCUUAAUUACCUCACCUACGCGGCUCGCUCGGCGUCAUCGCCGCCGCCGUCCGCCGCGGCGCCGCUACGGUAGCCGUAGGCCGCGCAGGAAUGGACAGGCAGAGGAGCAGUGGCUCGUCGUCCACCUCGCACUACGGCGUCGUGAGCCCCAAGGGCCUCAUCCUCCUCUCCUUCGCCUCCUCCUCCCUCCUCUUCUCCUUCCUCUUCUCCCUCUUCGCCCUCCGCUUCGGCCGCCCGCUCCACCUCCCCUUCGUCGCCUCCUCCUCCCUCGCCGGGAACGCCUCCGCCAUUGCGCGGGGCCCGGUUCUUGCUGCAGGUGGUGGGGGCCGCUCCACGAGCGGCGCGGCGGUGGAUGUUCUUCCGGGCAGGGGCAGGAGCGGGAGCUUGGGGGAAGCAGCCCGCCGCUCGGAUGCCGGAGGUUUUCCGUCCGCGGGAGGCGUGGGUUCCGCAAUGGAGGUGAAAGAGGCGGCACUGGGAAGCGAAAACGGCGGAGCUCCUGCCAAUGGUGAUUCCGGUUCGGCCAUGGGGGCGGAAGGAGCUCCUGCUGGAGGUGGGGAUGGCAACUCCGCAGAAGGCGAGAAUACCACCAAAGAAGUUGCCGAUUCGGCGAUGGAGACGAACCUACUUGUUAGCAAUGCAUCCGCUUCGCAAGAAGCAGCCGCUCCAGCAGAGGAACCGAAGAAACCCAAGUCUGUGCAAGAUGUCGAUUCCUCCAUGGGAGAUUCAGACCUCGGGUCGAACGGUGAAUUCUUGCAGGGAGAAAGUGGAAAUUCCUCUGCAGGAGCACAUACUUCUCAACGAGUGGAUCAAGGGGAACAUUCAGCUCAUUCGACAGUGAGGAACAGCUCUGGAGCAGCUCCACUCAGUUCAAGCAAGCAAAAGACUGACCUGGUUCAGGAAACGGUGGAUAGCAAGGUGGAUGCGGCGAGAAGCGAUGCGGCACUAUGCAAUGUCUAUGAUGGAAGGUGGGUGUUCGAUGAGAGCUAUCCACUUUACACGAGUGAUUCUUGCCCGUUCAUAGAUGAAGGAUUCAGCUGCGAAGCAAAUGGAAGAAUGGAUGGAAGCUACAGGAAGUGGAGGUGGCAGCCAACUCAUUGCAGUAUACCGAGGUUUGAUGCUAGGAAAAUGCUUGAGAUGUUGCGAGGAAAACGGCUAGUGUUUGUCGGAGACUCCAUUAACAGAAAUCAGUGGGAAUCCAUGAUGUGCUUGCUGAGAGGGGCAGUCUCAGAUCCUGCAAGGAUUCAUGAAGCUCGAGGCCGCAGGAUUACUAAGGAGAGAGGAGAUUACAACUUCAAGUUUUUGGAUUACAAUUGCAGUGUGGAGUACCAUGUGACGCAUUUCUUGGUGCAUGAAGGCAAAGCAAGAAUUGGCUCAAAGCGCACGAGGACACUAUGGAUCGAUACUGUUGAUCGCACCUCGUCAAAAUGGAGAGGUGCUGAUGUUCUUGUGUUCAACACUGCUCAUUGGUGGUCGCAUCACAAAACAAAAGCUGGAGUGAACUACUAUCAAGAAGGUGAUCAUGUAUAUCCCCAUCUCGAUGCUUCCACAGCUUACCUUAAAGCACUAACCACAUGGGCAUCAUGGGUCGACCAUUACAUCAAUCCAAGGAAAACUCGAGUGUUCUUCCGAAGCUCAUCCCCGUCGCAUUUCAGCGGCGGGGAGUGGAAUUCAGGGGGACACUGCAGAGAGAGCACACUGCCUCUCAGUGACACUCGUGUAAGGCCGGUGCCUGAGAUAAACAUGAUCUUGGAGCAAGUAGCACAGCAAAUGAAGACUUCUGUGACAAUUCUGAACAUUACCAAUCUAUCUGGGCUCAGGAUAGAUGGGCAUCCAUCUGUGUAUGGGAGGAAGGCAGUGGUAGGUUUGACAGCAUCGAGCGUUCAGGAUUGCAGCCACUGGUGCCUUCCUGGAGUGCCAGAUACAUGGAAUGAGCUGCUGUUCUACCAUCUGGUAUCCUCACAACAAAAGGGUGUAACAAGCUAGAUACAUGGAAUGAGCUGCUGUUCUACCAUCUGGUAUCCUCACAACAAAAGGGUCUAUAUACAAUUUUGAGAACAGGGUCGUUUCGACAUUCCAAUCUGUAA